GGAUACUUUGAGUGCCUGAGAACAGAGAUGGGCGAGCACAACAUAGACGUCACAGUGGUCUGCCCCGGGCCUGUCUUUUCAAAGGCUUUUAUGCACGCCGCAACAGGCACGGCGGGAGAGAGUCUCGGCAGAGAAAUGUCCAGUACAGAAAAGAGAAUCUCCACAGAACGCUGUGCGCAUCUGGUAGCUAUAGCAACAGCAAACAGGCUGCCAGAGGUGUGGAUCAGUCAGCACCCGUGGCUGGCUCUACUUUAUCUCAAUCAGUAUUGGGCUGAUGCAUGCCGAUGGCUGUUUCUCAGAUUUGGAACAGGCUACAUGAUGAAGAUGAGAGAUUGCCAAUGAGGAAAGUCAUCUUGAUUGAACUGUAUUGAUGAAACAACUGAUGCUCUGCAGUUCCGACUUCGGCUGCCAGACAUGUUCAAUAAUGGCUAAUGGUCAUCUAUCACUGAGUCAUUUCUACAUCUGGCUAAGGCUGGAGGAUAAUGCCGAUCUUGCUUACUCUACAGUUCUCUGAUUGAAAUACUUUGUAUGAUUUCUUAAUUUUAAAAAUCCAUUCAGUACAUGUGAUAAAUGAUAUAAUAUAAGUAUCUGUGCAGCUUUGUGUUCUAAUAAAGAAAGUAGAAUAGGAAAAUGCGACUGUAUAUCACAAAAUUUGCUGCACAACAUACAAGUGCAGUACAUCAUGUACAUAUAUUCUUUUGAACGAUGUGAGAAAUGCAAAUAGAAUCAUUUUUAAAAACUA